CAGAGACUGAGACCAGAUCAAACUAAAUGUUUGACUUCAACACACUACACUGUGUAUGUGUGUGUGUGUGUGUGUGUGUGUGUUGGGGGUGGGGGGGACGCUCCUGACCCCGCCGCUCCGUCGAUCACUCUGCCGGCGUCCUCUCUGAUUGGCUGUCUGCAGGUGUUCACGUGAACUCUGGGUGGUUUUCGAAGCCUCGAGACAAAAAAAGUUCAGCGAGUGAAGGAGACGGAGAGAGGCUCGCGAGCUGAACGGAGAGCUUCCGCGUCAUCAGACGGUAACGAUGCGUUCACACUGAGGCUGCACCGAGAACCACCCAGUGCCCCGGAGAGCCGGUCCACGGUCCUCAGGAGCGGCUCCAGGUCCAGGACUCAGUGCGGACAGGUUCCUGUGGUUCCGCGUGCGGUACAUUUCCGAGAAGCCAAUUAAAACCGAGCGGUGACUGAGACUGAGGGAGCAGGGAGGUGGAGGAGGUGGAGGAGGUGGAGAGCCGCGGACAGGAGGAGGUCUACAGAGGGACAAAGAGGACACGGCGGGACGGUGUGAGUGUUUCCUCUGGAGAUCACCAUGCCAAUCGACAUGGCUCUACCUCUGUAUUUGACCAAAGAGGAGUUUGUCUACAGGAACAAACCUGCUCUGAGCUCCUGCCUGAGGUUUGAGCCUUCGCACCGCGUGGAUCUCAUUGAGCCUGAGGACGGACGAUCCUCCACCAGGAACACAAGGAAAGCUAAAAAGCGGGUGACGUUUGCUGAUCACAAAGGCCUGUCUCUGACCAAGGUGAAGAUCUUCUCCGAGUUCGACGACCCCAUCGAUAUUCCUCUGAACAUCCAGGAGAUGCUGAACUCGGCUCUGUCUCUGACGGCUGAGGAGGACAAACUGGUCCUGGACUUCUCCCAGCCCUCCUCAGACUACCUGUGCUUCCGUCAGAGCCUGGAGAGGAACUACGUCUGCCUGGAGCACUGCGUCCUGAAGGAGAAGGUGUUCGCAGGAACCGUUAAGGUUAAAAACCUGUCCUUUGAGAAGUCGGUGAAGCUGCGGGUGACCUUCGACUCCUGGAAGAGCCACACUGACGUGGACUGCGUCUACGUGAAGGACACGUAUCCCAGCUCGUACAGCGACACCUUCUCCUUCGAGGUGUCUCUGCCGGACGAGCUGCAGCGUCACGAGCGGGUGGAGUUCGCCAUCUGUUACGAGGUGGACGGGCGCGAGCACUGGGACAGCAACCAGGGCACCAACUACAGGAUCGUCUGGUCGUCCGUGAAGAGGAGCCAUCAGGACGCCUGCAGCCGCCGCACGGACUCCUUUGACUUUGGGAUUCACUUCGACAGAUUCGGCAGCCCCACCUGUUCACACGGGAUCUUCCCCGAUUGGCCGAGUUACGCCGGAUACGAGAACAUCGGGCCGUACUACUGAACGUUGGUGUGGCUGAUUUUAAACCUGUUGCUGGAUGAAGAGUUGCACCUUUAGAUGGAAAUGUUUCUGAGAUAUCAGGACUAAUAUAUCAUGAAAUACUCAUCACAGUUUCUCAGGGUGUUUGUCUGAUCAACCAAACCUCAGAGGAAACCCUGGCAGCAGCAGACCUUCUGUUUUAAAUGAUGAUGUGGACUGACUUCAGCUGCAGAGAGGCGUUCAGAGUCUGUUUCACCUCCUCUCUGCAGACGGACUUGUCCUCCUGUACGAUGUGUGAUGCUGCGACAGAUCGAAGACGAUCAGCAGCUGAAAUCCUGGUUCUGGUUGAGUUUCUUCUGCUCUUUAUAAUCAGAGUUUAUCUGCACUGAACCAAACAAUAUUUUCUAUAAUGGCCGUGAAUGUGACUGUAGGUAAAUUCAUUCAUCACAUUUCCUGUUUUUCUUUCUCUUCAUCUGACUGUCUCUGCAGAGAAACAGCUGCUGGUAUCAGUCAGGCCACUAAACCAGCAGCUCCAUUCAUUAUUCUCCUCAGGGUGAACUGAGUAUCAGCUCUGACACAUGGUCUCAGUUUCCUGCAGAACCCACAGAGAUCCAGUCCUCGGACCACACCUCACAGCCUCCUCCUGAAGUCACAGUUUAAUAUUUCACAGGAUUUCCCAACAGCUGGAGUUUAUCUGCUUUCUCUUUCACAAUAAAACGUUUCAACACUGAUCACUGAUUGAUCCAGUGUGUGUGGUCGGUGCAGCUGCUGUUUUACUGUUGAAACACUGGAGGGUGUGUGGUGAUGAUCAGACUGACACUAAAUAUUCAUGUUGAUAUGAAUGUUCCUCUGUGUUUCAGAGUGAUGUGUUCACUGUUUGCACAAAACCAAAAAGAAACUACUUUUUUUUCUUGUGAUGUUUGUAAUUUAGCAUUAGCAUCAUUAGCAUCGUGUGUUUUUAUUGUCUGUGUGUGUUCACCUGUUCCUCUGCUUCAAUGUACAUUUUAAAAAAGUAAUUUAACAGAUGCUGCUCAAUAAAGUCGUGUUAUAAGCUGG